AUGGUCAAGCUUUUAGCUUUAUUUAACAAGGAGGUGAAAGAAGUUGUUUUGGAAAAUGCUCCAAGAAAUGCAAAGUACACUUCAUCUGAUGUCCAAAAGGAAAUUCUAAGCAUAAUUGCUAGAAAAGUGCGAAAAUCAGUCAGAGAAGAAAUUGGCAGUAGCAAGUUUUGUAUCAUGGUUGAUGAAGCUCGAGAUGAAUCUAAAAAGGAACAAAUGGCAAUAGUUAUUCGUUUUGUCAACAAAGAAGGACUUAUAAAGGAGCGUUUUCUUGACCUCAUUCAUGUUAGCGACACUGCUGCAUUGACUCUUAAGAACGCAAUUUGUGCUGUCUUAUCUGAUAAUAGCUUGAGUAUACAAGACAUCAGAGGUCAAGGUUAUGACGGGGCAAGUAAUAUGAGAGGGGAGUGGAACGGAUUGAAGGCUUUAAUUCUAAAUGAGUGCCCGUAUGCAUAUUAUAUUCAUUGUAUGGCUCAUCAGCUCCAAUUGGCUCUCGUCGUAGCAUCAAGAGAAGUACAAGAGGUACAUAAUUUCUUUCAGCAUGUAAAUUUUAUCAUAAAUGUUGUGAGUGUAUCCCCUAAGAGGAACGAUGAGUUACUAGCUACACAAGCUGAAGAAAUAGCUCGUGAAAUUGAAUUAGGAGAGCUUGACACUGGAAGAGAGGCAAAUCAGAUGGGCUCUCUACAAAGGCCUGGGGACACUAGAUGGAGUUCCUAUUACAAGUCAAUUCAGAGCUUAAAGAAGAUGUUUGGUGCCACAAUUUCGGUCCUACGCAGCGUUGCAAAUGAUCGUUCAGUUUCAAAGUAUUCCCGUGGAGAUGCUGCAGGUGCCCUACGAAUCAUUGUCACAUUUGAUUUUGUAUUUAUUCUGCUCAUGAUGGAAAAGAUUAUGAAGAUCACCGAUGUGCUAUGUCAAAUACUCCAAAAGAAGUCAAUUGAUAUUUUAAAUGCAGUGGAUUCUGUUUCUAACACCAAAGUGUUACUUGGAGACUUGCGAAAUGACGGUUGGGAACCUCUUCUUGAGGAGGUCAAAUCUUUUUGUGAGAAGCAUGAGAUUGAUAUUCCAGAUCUGAAUAAGAAGUAUGUUCUUUUCUCUUAA